CACCAUCACACAAUCACAGAACUGCGGAAUCAUGGCACGAAGACGAACGAAGAAGCGCACGCAUGUAGGCGCCAGCAAUGGACCUACAGGAAAGGCAGUUCCUACCAGCAAAGCUUCAAACUCGCCCAAGAGCAUGGUGAUCCGAAUUGGAGCUGGAGAAGUCGGACCCAGUGUGAGCCAGCUUGUGAAAGAUGUGCGAUCGAUGAUGGAGCCUGACACUGCUUCGAGAUUGAAAGAGAGAAGAGCGAAUAGAUUGAGGGAUUAUGUUACUAUGGCAGGACCACUGGGUGUGAGCCAUCUCAUGCUAUUCUCGAGAUCAGAUUCAGGGAAUACAAACAUGAGACUUGCGAUUACCCCUCGAGGACCGACAUUACAUUUCAAUGUGGAGAGCUAUUCUUUGUGCAAGGAUAUUCGGAAAGCAUUGAAGCAUCCAAAGGGUGGUGGAAAAGAAUACCUGAGUCCUCCAUUGCUUGUCAUGAACAAUUUCACCUCUCCAGCCUCCGAAGCAGAAUCCAACCAAAACAUACCCAAACACCUCGAAUCCCUCGUCACAACCAUUUUCCAAUCUCUAUUUCCUCCAAUAUCCCCUCAAACCACACCACUAUCCUCAAUCCGCAGAGUUAUGCUUCUCAAUCGCGAGCCAACCAAGGAGAACGACGGAACAUAUACCCUGAACCUCAGACAUUACGCCAUCACAACAAAAGCCACCGGCCUCUCGAAACCCUUACGCAGACUAAACGCUGCGGAAAAGAUACUGAAUUCUCAGAAGUCAGGGAAGAGCAGGAAGGGCGGCGUUCCAAAUCUGGGCAAGAUGGAAGAUAUUGCUGAUUAUAUGAUCGGUGGUGAUGGGGAAGGUUACAUGACAGACGCUACGAGUGGCAGUGAGGUAGAUACAGAUGCUGAAGUGGAAGUUGUAGAGUCCCGAGCGAAGAAAAUCUUGUCGAAGCGUCAGAAAGACCGGACUAGGGAGGCCAAGAGCAAAAGUGGCAGAAGUGGUGUUGAGAAGCGAGCUGUGAAGUUAGUGGAGCUUGGACCUAGGAUGAAGCUGCGUAUGACCAAGGUCGAAGAAGGCGUGUGUAAUGGAAAGAUCAUGUGGCAUGAGUAUAUUCACAAGACGAAGGAGGAAGUUAAGGAGUUGGACAAGAAGUGGGAACAGAGAAGGCAAGAGAAAGAAGCUAGGAAGAAAAUUCAGAAAGAGAAUGUCGAGAAAAAGAAGAAAGCCAAAGGAGUUGGUGCAAAAGCUGAUGCCGAGGAUGAGGACGAUGAGAUGGACGUGGAUGAGUGGGAUAGCGAAGGCUUGGAAGGUGAUGGGGAGAUGGAGUUGAACGAGGAGAUGGAGGAUCGUGGAGAGUGGGAAGAUGAGGAGGAAGAGAUAGCUGCUGGUUGAUAGUCUUAUAGCUUCCGAAUAGAAUUUUCACAUGCAAUC